CUGCAAUACCACCUUUCCACUCUUUCUUACCACAAAACCGCCACCACGAAAGUGCCAUCAUCUGCCUCUUUAAAUGCUUCCCAUUUCUUGUUUCCCAAUUUGGUGACCUUCUGACAACCCCCCAUUUCUCCUUCAUUGCUGCCCAUCCUCUCUUUCUCUUUCUCUCUCCCUCUCUCUCUCUCUCUCUCUCUCUCUAAAUGAUUGUGUGGGUUUUGUUAGCUAAUGGAUUCUUUGAGCUAUGAUGGUUUAGAGAGGAGCAGAGGUGCUGGGAUGGAUUGGGAGUUGAAAGCCACAUCUGGUUUUCAGAACCCUAAUCACUCCUUGGGAAACAGCAGUAGGUUCUCCAGGAAUGAAGGAGAGCUGGUCAUAGAUUUGCAUUUGGGGAGGUUGGCAGAGCGCAAAUCGGCCAAGGACAAGGAGGCCAGGGCCUCGGCGGCUGCCGCCGCAGCUGCGGUGGCGUCGAAGAGGGGACGAGGUGCCUCGUCAACAGCAGCGACGACGUUGAGUUCCGGCGGCAGCCAGGUCCCACGAUGCCAAGUCCAGGGUUGUAAUUUGGAUCUGAGCUGCUCGAAGGAGUAUCACAAGCGGCACAAGGUCUGUGAUGCCCACUCAAAGACGGCGAAGGUCAUAGUCAACGGGGUGGAGCAGCGGUUCUGUCAGCAAUGCAGCAGAUUCCAUUUGCUUGUUGAGUUUGAUGAGGCAAAACGAAGUUGUCGUAAACGUCUUGCUGGUCAUAAUGAGAGGCGCAGGAAACCACAGCUUGCAAUCUACACUGGGAAAUCUGGCAAGUUGCUUCCAGUAUAUCAGGCUGGCAAGUUUCCCUACAACUCCUUACCAUCCAGGACUUCCUACAGCUGCCAAGACAUAUUUUCAAUAGGUGGCCUGAAUGAAACUAAAUAUGGAAAUAGUAACUGGUGCAAUGCUGUCAAGGUAGAUGAAGAUUUUAUUCACAAUGACCAGCACCACUUACCAUCUGUCAACAGCAUAUCAUUUCUGAAGUCAACCUUCUCUCCCUACAUGGACAAGCAAUUCCCUUGCUUACAGGAUAGUGACACUACAACAGGCAGUGUCUGCUGUGAGAAUGGCAGCAAUUACACACAGGUGUUGGCAACUUCAUCCGCCAUUUCUCGGCCAGUGUUUCAGAAGGCUUCAUUGGGAAGUGGAUCUUUUACAGGCUUUGAUGUGGUUCCAUCCGCUCAUAGCUUACGAAGAGUUUCAGACUCUGUUUGUGCUCUCUCUCUUCUGUCAUCUCAAUCUUGGAGCUCAUCGACUCAGUCUUCUGGAAUGGCAAUGCCUCCACCUUUGAUGAUCCAAGGAGGGCAGGCCUCUUACAAUACUGGUCAAUUUCCAGAUAAGCUUUUGACCAUCAGUUCACAGUUAUCCUCUAGCGGUGCAUCCAGCAGGUUUUCUUCAACGGGUAUAAACUCUGCAGAUGAUGACCAAAUUAGUGCUGUAAAGGUUCCUGAUAUUAGUGACUCUAUUGAUUUCGGUGAAGUUCACACUGAUGGCAUGUUUCAAGGAUCUGACUUUGUAACGUCGAAGGAUGAGCAUACCGUUGACUUGCUUCAACUUUCUUCACUGCUGCAGAGCGCAGAACAACGCAGGCAGGUUGAACAAGAGAGGCAAGAAAAUGAGGCAUUUCAAUGGAAUCAUAUUGGAUGAUAGUCUGCAAUAUGUGUCUCUUUUCUGUUUGGUGUGUGCUGCACAUAUUUUAUCCUUGGCCAUGCUGGUCAUCCUGCGGUAACUCUGUUUUCAAUUAAUAAAUGACGAACAAUACUGGCGUAGGUAGUCCAUUGUUUUGCUCCAUACCCAGUUGGUACUUAAAGUAGUUUCUUUAGUAUCUGUACUUCGACUUCCAUGUUAUGCAAUAAAAGCUGCAAGAACAAGUUUUUAUGUUA